AGCAAGAAGAGUCACCUUGAGUCAGUAUGUUGGAGAGAUAAGCUCCAGGAACCUUGAGGAUACUCUUAUUACAACUAGGAAGUCUAACUGAGAUAUAGAUGCCAUAACAGCAACUAAAAUCUGUGUGUACAGAACCUGGUCUCUUUUCAGCAGUGUUAAUUUAGAAGUGAAAGGUGUGGCCCAGGGUAUAUAUAGUGAAUGUUUUAAUGGCUGGAGUUACCCAGCUUGUGGUCGGGAAAAUAUUAAGCUGGAUGGAAACUCCUCAAGAAGAAUGUUUAUUGGAAUUCUCGGGGGAAUUGCAAAAAUAAUGUUUCAGGUCUAGCCAUCAUUACCUGAGGUGACCUGUCCUCAUCACUGUGCCUUGUUUUCAACUACGACCUUGUCUAGUUAUGCAUAGCACUCUGGUCUCAACAACUAUGGUGCUCCAGUCCAGUUAUGCAUGAUGUUCUGGUCUAAUCAACUACAUUUAUCUGGUUCUGAUACCUACAGUCCCCUGAUCUCAUCACUGUAGUGUGCAGCAUUCUGGACCCAUCAGAAGCAGAAGCUUGGUCAUGUGAAAUGUGUUAAUUGCUACUAGUGUAUGGUGCUGUGAUUAAUAGUGACUCUAGGUUAGUAAGUAUUAUUUUUCAUAAAUCUUUAUAGAGGCAUGACUGUGUCUAACAGUUUGCAGGACACUGAAAAACGAAAGUUUAUCUAAGUAGUUUUAUGGUUACCAUAUUUUACUGCAGUUAAUUGUAUUGUAUUGCAUUUCAGCAAAUUAUUCAGAUGAUGCAACUAUCACACACUUGCAUCAAGUGUAAAGUUGAUUAUAGCCGAGUUUUAUAUAAUUGGUAUGGUGAUGUUUUUAUAAGAAUUAUUUUUAGCUAUGAAGGCUUCUGUAGUUGCCUCCAUUACCCAGAUACCAGGUAAUUACACCAGUCAUGACCUCUGCUUUGGAAAGUACUUUAAGGCAGUUAAUAAGAUUGGAAAGAUGGUUCUAAUCUCAAUCUUUACAAUGAUUUACCAAACCCUCGACACAAAUUGUGGAACUCUGCCCUUGAAGGAGUACUGCACCAAGAAACUUAAAUGGUCUCACAGUGAUAUCAAUAAGCAUUUUACAGCCUCUGAGAGAGAUAUCUUGUCCAAGGCCCCAUUUGAUAGUGAGUUUAUAUGCGAUGUUACACUUAUUUUCAAAAUUAUCACAAGGAUAUUGGGUAAUCUAGCAGAGCCAAUAAAAAAAGAACUGAGAGAUUUAAAGAAUCUUAGGAAUACUGUAUGUCACGAAGAUCUGGAAAUGAAUGAGGCAGAACUACGGCAACGCAUGGAUGAUCUUGAGUGUGUCUGUCGAGCGAUCAUUGAGGGCACAGCAGCUCUAAUUGGAAAAGAUCUCAAAGACUUAAUAACAGAAGUAAAACAAGGCUUGCAAGAUCUUGUGAAUGCAAAACUGGAAAUUAAUGAUAUACAAUCUUAUCUACAAGAUUUGGAAUUUUUUCGACAGGAAAAACAUUCUAAAAUGAUAACUGAAGGAAGGAAAGAAUUAAUGGCAACUUAUUCUAAAGUCAAGAUACUUAAUCCUUGUUCGUGGCUCAGCGAAAACAAUUUUGCAGACUUUACUGUUGACAAUGUUUUUACUGCACUGAGAAUAGUUGAUAAUGGAAUAAAUGUUCAGGUGAGUGACAUUCUAAAUGUGACACAAAUGAAGACAAGGUAUAUUCCUCGGGUAGUGAUUAUCAAGGGUGUUAUGGGAGCAGGCAAGACCUCCCUCUAUCGCUACUUGUUGAAUGAGUGGUGCAAGAGGUCUUCUGCUGUCACUGGCCUGAUAGCUAUUGAUAUUGUUAUUGGUAUAGAGAUGCGAACAGUAAGUUGUGGAUCACUCGUGCAGUUCCUGAGGGAACAACUUCUUAAGAAUACAUCACGAUUGUUUAGCGAGUCGGACAUUAUUCCUGUCUUACAAGAGAUGAAUGUUCUCUUUGUCAUAGAUGGCAUGGAUGAAGCAAGCAACCAAGGAAAAGCUAUAGUGAGAGAAAUUGUGAGUAAGUUUACAGACAGCCACAUUAUUAUAACCACCAGGCCUGAAUUUACUUUGGAACUAAUGCAAAUGGCAGAAGAUCACAUUGUUUUGCAAGUUGAGGGUUUUGAUGAUGAUAGCCAAAAUGAAUUUGUGAAGAAAGUCUUUGCUGUUAAGUACAUGGACAUAAAACGUCGAGAGAAUGAGAUCAGAGACUUCUUUGUAUACAAAGCCAGUGCUUGCGAGUCUCUCAGCAACCACUUAACACUGCCUCUGACGCUGACACUUUUACUUGUUUUGUGGUGUGAUGAUUCACUAAAAGUAACUACUGUCAGUACCACAACACGCCUUUACCAAAAUAUUUAUGACAUGUCUCAAAAGAAAUUAACUACUCGAUUGGAAAGCCUUGGGGAGGGGCAUAGUGUCUCUCUCAGUCGUAAGGUGCGACGAUGGUUGCUUGAGCUGGGUCACAUCGCAUGGUGCAUGCUGAAAGAAGAGGUUCUUCACUUGAGCCAAGAUCAUGCGAACUUCCUUAUGGACAUAUGCGAGAAGGAAGGUAUUAAUCCCAUACAAACUAUGUCAACUUUUUUAAAAUGUGAUUUAAAAGAAACCUUGACUGGCACCUCAUAUUAUUUUUCUUUUCACCAUAGCUCUGGACAGGAGUUUUUAGCAGCGCUGUAUAUUAGUGAAGAAGCAUCUAAGUCUUGGUCUCUCUCCCCUCUAUUUGAGGACAUCAAGUGCUCAAGACUCCAGGAACUGAUUAUGUAUGUUACUGGUCUCUUGAAAAUUAAUGGUAAGAUGACUUCAUCUUUAGCCAGCGAGAUAAAAUGUUCCCUAAUUAGCUGUAUGGGAGCCUUAGCCUGCGACCCCGUUAUCUGGUGGCGACUCCUGGAGGAGGCCGAGAAAGAUCCUGCAGUGUGUCAGAUUGUGGGUUCAUUCAUUAACCAAGUUAAACUGUGGGUUAUAAAUUCUUGGGAUGCUCAAGAAAUGAUCGAAGCUAAACUUAAAUUAUUACAAGAAACAGGUGCCGCACCCAGUGAGGUUGUCAUUCACAUACAGUACACUACCAGCUUCAUCCAGUGCUCUGAACUACAAAAUAUUAUUAUGUUAAUAGGAGAGAUAGGGAAGAGUAAAGUUAGGUUAUACCUUGACAGUCAGUUCCAUACUGCAGGUAACCAAGAAGACAUUGACACUCAUGUAGUGCCAUUGCUCAAGCUCAAUCGAUUGCUGGAAUUUAAAGGCUUUGCAAGCGAACUAUUCACAUCAGAACUUGUUAAAGCUACUAGAGUUCAGUCACUAUUUAUCAGGAUUACUUCCCUUAAAGCCUUGUUUAAUCUUCAUACCAGCAUCAGGAAACACAGGCGAUGGAAAGUAAAAAUCAUGCCAUCCAGAAAAUGGACACUAAAAUAUUUAGAGCUAUUUCUUGAUAUCAGCACCACUACUAAAACUUUGGAAAUACCUCAAUUACACUUCAACCACCACCUGGUAGUCAAGCUAGCUGGCAUAACAGAUUCAAGUGCUGUUUGGGCUGGGGAGGUUCUGAAGAGGCUACACAAACAAUACAAUUCAGUCAUUCUUCAAGCAUCUGAUGUAACUCUCACAGGCAUGAAGCACCUACUAAAUACUGCUAAUGGUGUCUCCAUAAAGACUCUCCGUGUCAUGUCCAACUGUGUGGCCACACAGGAGGAGGUUAACAUCCUUGCUUCAAAGAGUGGAGUCAAAAUUGGAUGGGGAUGUGCCUAACUGAGACAAGCCUGGCAUCUCACAUAUAAACUUCACAGAAAGCACUAUAGACAUUUGUUCUGUCUCAUAUCUGACUCUCUUGUAUUAAGACACUUGACCAUCAAAUGAUACUUUGAAACUUAUUUAUCUCAAUUAUGAGAAUAUUAUACAUUUAGGUGAUCUUAUUUUCAGGAAAAAUCAUGACCACAGUAUUUUUUAAAUCAGGCUAAAAUUAGGAACAGCAAAUAAAAACUGUAUGUAUUGAAAUAAUACUUUAAAUGUGACUGACAAAAAAAGAAAGAGAUGAAUAGUAUAUGUAAUCUGAAAUAAUGUUGUGUCAGAGAAUGACAGUGGCUGGCUCAGAGAAAGCCCUGGGUAAGUCAAAAUACAGAUCAUUUCAAGAUUUGUUACUCCCACUCCCAAGGAAAAUUGUGAAAAGGUGAACUGUAGUUAUGCAGAUUCUUUGAUAAGCUAGGCAAAUUAAAUUACUGUACAUCAAUUAUAGUAAUAUUGGUUCAGGUUGCUAUGUUAGUUUUGGUGUAAAGUAUUUUAAUUUGAUUUCAUUCACAUGAAAGAGCUAGAGCUAAAUCCAUAGAGGCUGUAUAGAGCCUGGGAAAUGGGAAGCAAUCUGAUUCAGUUCAAUGAAAGGGAGAAUAGCUCCAAUUCCUUGGAUUAUGAGCCAUACACUCGCAUUAAGGCAAUGCCCUUAAAAAGUGUGCAGAAUAUAAAGCUGAUAAAAAAAACUAAAACUAUAUUUCUCUUGCUGGGGAUGAGAGAGAGAGUAAUCAUAAGAUGAUCUCCAAUACUAUAGGAAGAGAUGCAGUAAGAAGGAUAUUUAUUCCUUCUGUAAAGUUGUGGCCUGAAAAUGCUCAAAAUGCUCUGCAUAAUCAUGGGCUUUCUGCAUGCACAAUCUGUACAAACAUUGUAUCAUAUGGAAAUAAAUCUUUGACUUUGGUGUGAGAAGAGUAGGAAAAAAAAAAAGUGACUGGUGGAUAGGUCAACUGAUAGGUGCAGCCUGUGAAGCAUGUGUGGCAUUAGUUACAGUAAAAUAUGUUUUAAUGUUAUGGAACAGGUGCUAAAGAUUGACCUGUAAUAUUGAGAAGGGUUUACAGCAAUGAUAUAUAGGGGGUUGUAUGUAGUGAGUGAAUACUGAUGAUUGAAAUGUUAUGCCUGUGAAUAACAAAUGAAUAAUGACAAUGAACAGGAUGGAGAGAAUGCAUAUUUAUAUUACAUUACUAGGGAAUAAAUGAUGAAUUACGAAUAUGGUAUUGCCUAUUUACAUGAAUAUUUUCAAUAUGAUCUGUAAAGCAGAUGAAAUAAUGAUAAGGAUGUUUCUCAGUAUAGGAGGUAUUAAAAAUGAAUAUCACUUAAUAAAUUUAACUGCCUUUUCCUGCAACAUGGUAGUGCAAAACAAGCAUACUGGUAGUAUUAAUUAAUGGUUAAUAUAUAAUACAUCCUCUCCUCACUUAGCGACAUACUUGUAAACUGAUGACUUGGACUUAUGACUGGCUCUCUGACUAGUAUGCAUACCUAAAUAAUGUAUAUUAGAGCUGAUUUCCUCUAUUCUGUUUAUUACAAUAAACAGAAUAGAAGAAAUCAGCUCUGAUAUACAUGUUAUUAAUGUAUAUAAAUGGUGCAAAGGUGACAUUAAAACAAUAUCAAAGAUGGUUGACACAAACCCACUACCAUUAUAGUACGCUCCUCACUUAGCGACAAAUUCAUUUACCGACGUGUUCUUAGGAACAGAAUUCCAUCAUUAAGUAAGGAGAGGCUGUAUACUGUACUACUACUUAGGUAUGUAUUAUUCAGUGGAAGUAUUCAGAUGUGAAAAAUGCAUUUUGUAAAAUAUAAAUAUACAUAUUUUUAUACUAAU